UCUAGCAUUCCAAGUUAGUGAUCAUGACAUCUAAGAAAGAAGGAGGGGGAGGAAGUGCAGUGGACGAGGAUAGUUCGGAAUCUCACGGUUCUGAUUCUUCGUGCGAACAGGACGACAACUCAGAUGAUACGAUGGACCAGACGAGGAAAAAAGAAGCGCAAUUCAGUAUGGCACGAAUAGAGAAACAUUUCACCGAUCUUAAAGAACAGCUGUACAAAGAUAGGAUAAGCCAAGUUGAGAAAAAAAUUGAGGAAGUCAAAAAAGGAUCUGCUGAGGAGUAUUUGAAACCUCUGAGAGAGUUAACGGCUGAAGGCGAGGACAAACUUCUUAUAAACGAGACGGUGAAGCAGCUACAAUGUGAGAGUGUAUAUAACAAGUUUGAAGCUGAAAAGAAGAGCUGUAAAGAACAGUUGGAGCAAGACAAGCUGUUGUUGUUUAACAGUGUACGAGAUGAUAUUGAGGAUAAGAUAACGGAAGUAAUGAACAAUCGCACACCUUCUAACGUCGACAUAGACCGCUGGAUAGAGAACCUGGGUAAACGUAAGAAGCGCACGUCAGGUAUCUCACACAGAAAACCCGUCAGAGUAAAGGGCCCAUACGUCGUGUAUAUGUUAACAGACCAAGAUAUUAUCGAAGAUAUCAACUUUGUGAAGCAGAUUCUGCAUCUGAAGAAAGAACGCCGAAGAACCAGAGAGCACCUUAAUUCAGUUAGCAGUAACGAUAUGAGACAAGCAAAGUUCGAGGACGGCAAAUUGUACUACGAAGGGAACUGGUUCGCUAUUGGCUCCUCAGUUUAUAUCGACAAGAUUGGAUCGUCGCCAUUGUACGCAACUAUCAGUGCAAUCAACACGGGCGAAGUGUGGGUCCGACGAAGGGACGGCAGCAAAACAAAACUUUACAUCUCACAGUUGCAACGGGGAAAAUGUACGAUAAGACAUGAUAAUAGUCCUGACAGAUCCUGUCGCUGCAGAGCACCUCGCCCUCUAAAAUAUGGGGAUAGGAAACAAACUUCACUCAGCCUCGGAAUAUAUUGGGACAACAAUAUAACAACAAUACAUCUCACAGCUCUUUUUGUUCUCUUUUCUUAAACCCUUAUUUUCGACAAUUCAACGCACAAUCUACAUCUUUGACGAAAUUUCAAACCUUUC